AGAGGGAGAGUUGGGAUGAAAGUGUAUAAAUAGAAAUGAGGAAGGAAGAAGUGGUGUGAUAAGGAAAGGAAGGAUGGUGUUGAACAUAACAUCCAUAAAGACAUCCUCGAAUGGAGUGUGGGAAGGUGACAAUCCUUUGGACUAUGCCUUCCCACUGUUAACAGUCCAAAUCAUAUUGGUUGUCGCCCUCAGCCGCUCCCUCGCUUUCCUCCUCAAACCUCUCCGACAACCCAAAGUCAUCGCUGAGAUUCUCGGUGGAGUGUUGCUGGGCCCAUCGGCACUGGGAAGAAACAAAAAGUAUCUGCACCGUAUAUUCCCUUCAUGGAGCACGCCAACGCUCGAAUCAGUCGCCACCAUAGGGCUUCUCUUUUUCCUCUUCCUCGUCGGUCUCGAGCUCGACCUCCGCGCCAUUCGCCGCUCCGGCUCAAGAGCCUUCACCAUCGCCGCCGUCGGAAUCUCCCUCCCAUUCGUCUGCGGCAUCGGCGUCGCCCUCCUCCUCCGCAAAACCCUCCCCGGCGCCGACCAAGCCGCCUUCGCGCAGUUCCUAGUCUUCAUGGGAGUCGCGCUUUCCAUCACCGCCUUCCCUGUGCUCGCCCGCAUCUUAGCGGAGCUCAAGCUCCUCACCACGCGCGUCGGGGAGACCGCCAUGGCCGCCGCCGCCUUCAACGACGUCGCCGCGUGGAUCCUCCUCGCCCUCGCCGUCGCCCUCGCCGGCGGAAGCGGAAGCGGAAGCGGAAGCAACAGCAGCAGCAAGAGCCCUCUGGUGUCGCUCUGGGUUCUUCUCUCCGGCGUUGGGUUUGUGGUGUUCAUGAUGGUCGUCGUUCGACCAUUGAUGAAGGUGGUUGCGCGGAGAGGCGAAAACGAAAACGAAAACGAGGCCGUUGGCGAGGUUUACGUGUGUUUGACUCUGGCGGGGGUUUUGGUGUCGGGAUUCGUGACGGAUUUCAUUGGGAUCCACGCCAUAUUCGGGGCGUUUGUGUUUGGGUUAACUGUUCCGAAGGAGGGGAACAUGGCGAAGAGGUUGGUGGAGAGGAUCGAGGAUUUUGUCUUGGGUUUGUUGUUACCUCUCUACUUUGCUUCUAGCGGGUUGAAAACGGACGUAACUAGCAUACGUGGCGCUUCCGCAUGGGGGCUUCUGGUUGUCGUGAUAUUCACGGCCUGUGCUGGGAAAAUUCUAGGCACCUUCGUUGUGGCCAUGUUCUGCAUGAUACCCGUUAGGGAAUCGCUCACACUUGGCGUCCUCAUGAACACCAAAGGCCUUGUAGAGCUUAUCGUCCUCAACAUUGGAAAAGAAAAAAAGGUUUUGAACGAUGAAAUAUUUGCAAUCCUAGUCCUGAUGGCUCUAUUCACCACCUUCAUGACAACUCCAAUAGUGAUGGCCGUGUACAAACCAGCUGGUGGCACCCCAGUGAAGAGCCAGCGAAAGCUAGGAGCCAACAAAAUGGGCAAUGAGUUCCGAGUGUUGGCCUGCAUCCACGGCCCAAACAACAUCCCUUCUAUCAUAAGUUUAAUCGAAUCAACUCGCGGCACGAGCAAGUCCUUGAUAAAGUUGUUCCUGAUGCACCUCGUUGAGCUCUCAGAGCGCUCAUCCUCCAUCAUGAUGGUCCAACGCGCUCGUAAGAACGGUUUCCCUUUCUUCAACCGCCGCAACCGCCACCUCGACCUCGCUGGAGCCUUUCCAAAGGGCCAAGUCAAAGUCCGGUCAACCACCGCUAUCUCCUCUCUCUCCACCAUGCACGAGGACAUUUGCCACGUGGCAGAGGAAAAGAGGGUCACCAUCAUCAUCUUGCCCUUUCACAAACACUGGCGCUUAGAAGCGGAUGAGGAUUGCGAGAACGAUAACCGCCGUCGCGUAUUGGAGAACGUGGGCCACGAAUGGAGAGUGGUCAACCAAAAGGUGCUUAAAAAGGCUCCUUGCUCGGUCGCAGUGUUAGUGGACCGUGGCAAUUUAACUCAGACUGCAAGCCCAAUUGCCGCACUGGCCCAACGAGUGUGCAUCAUCUUCUUUGGUGGGCCCGAUGAUCGCGAGGCUCUAGAAUUAGGGGAGAUGAUGCUUCAACACCCAACAGUUGAAGUACGUGUUGUAAGGUUCGUUCAAAAGGAUGGGCUGAAUGGAAACGAAUCAAAUGACAUUGUGUUAAGCUUCUCAAAUGACAAUAACAGUGACAAAAGUUACAGCUUCUCCACUGCUAACAUGAACCGUCAGACAGAACAGGAGUUGGAUGAGGCGGCCAUAGCAAAGUUUAGAAGCAAAUUGAAUGAGAAGGUGGAAUAUAUUGAGAAGGUUAGUGAGAACAUUGUGGAACAAGUAGUAGCAAUAGGGAAAAGUGGGGAUUAUGAUGUUAUAGUAGUUGGGAAGGGUCGAUUUCUGUCGAAUAUGGUGGCUGGAUUGGCGAAAAGGCAAGCAGAGCACGCAGAGUUAGGACCUAUUGGGGAUGUUCUAACGUCGUCGGAACACGAUGAGGUGACUUCAUCAAUAUUGAUUAUUCAGCAACAUGAUGUAACAAUAGUAGAUGAUGCUCCCAUACACGAGGUGCAUAAUGAGGACGACAAGGUCAACGAUAAUGAUUCAUCCCAUAGGGUAGCAAUUUCAAUAACAAACAACAAAAUAGUGUAAUGUUUUUUUUCCACUAUAUGUUUGAUACCAACGGUUUGUUUCAUAAAGAAGAACAAAUUAGAGAGAAUCAGAGGAGAAAAUAAAUAAAUAGAGUCAUAAAAAAUAAGAAAAUAUAUCACAAAAAAAAAAAUAAUAACUAUUGUUGCUCAUUGUCUUUGAAAUCUAAUGGAUCAUUGUAUGAAAGGAUAAGUUGAAAUAAUGUGCAUGAAGUUCUUUGUUUGUACUA